UGUGAAAGUGUUUGUGAGACUGUGGCAAUGUCUGGGAGAGGAAAGGGCAGUGGCGGCAAAGCUCGGUCGAAGGCGAAGUCCCGGUCGUCCCGGGCUGGGCUGCAGUUCCCGGUGGGCCGUGUUCACAGGCUCCUGAGAAAGGGUAACUAUGCUGAGCGUGUGGGUGCCGGAGCCCCGGUUUAUUUGGCUGCGGUGCUCGAGUACCUGACGGCUGAAAUCCUCGAGCUGGCCGGUAACGCGGCCCGCGACAACAAGAAGACCCGCAUCAUCCCCAGGCACCUCCAGCUGGCCGUGCGCAACGACGAGGAGCUCAACAAGCUGCUGGGAGGGGUGACCAUCGCUCAGGGCGGGGUGCUGCCUAAUAUCCAGGCCGUGCUGCUGCCCAAGAAAACCGCCGCUGGGAGCGCCACUAAAAAGUGA